AUGUCGAAUCUAGCGCGCAAACCGUCGCCUGAUGGCACGGCGAAGAAAACGGACACCGUGGGCGCUAUUGAAGAGCCCGACAUGCUGAAAGGCUAUGGCUCUGCCCCAGGUGUGAUGGAGGAGGUGACCCGAGUUGUGGACCACAAGGCUGAACGGCGUCUCUGUCGGAAGUUUGACUAUCGCCUGCUCCCUAUCCUGGCGGUUAUGUAUUUAUUCAAUGCCCUGGAUAAGGGAAAUCUUGGAAAUGCAGAAACAGAUGGGAUGAGCAAGGACUUGAAUUUCAAGCCGAACGAGUACAAUCUCCUAUUAUCGAUAUUCUUCGUUCCCUUCGUAGUCUUUGCACCGCCUUUCUCAAUGCUUGGAAAGAAGUUCAGUCCAGCGCGCGUACUUCCAAUCCUGAUGUUCUCAUUUGGUUGCUUCACGAUGCUGUCUUCGGCCGCCUACAAUUUUAGUGGCAUGUUCGCAUUGCGCUGGUUCCUAGGCAUGUCCGAAGCUGCAUUCUUCCCACUGGUCAUCUACUACUUGACCACAUUCUACCGCCGUGGCGAGCUGGCUCGUCGCCUGGCUAUUUUCUAUGCUGCGUCGAACAUUGCAAACGCUUUCUCGGGACUCAUUGCCUUUGGAGUGUUCCAGAUCAAGGGAUCUAAUAUCCCCAAUUGGCGCUACCUGUUUAUUAUCGAGGGCGGCGUCACUAUUCUCUUCGCUGUAUUUGCAUUCAUAUAUCUCCCACGGAGUGCCGCUGAGGCGAAGUUCUUGUCUGAUGACGAGAAAGCGCUAGCUUUCCACCGAAUUCAAGUUGACUCCAGUGCAGUAGUCAACGAGGAGUUUAGCUUCCGCGACGCCCUUGGAAUCUUCAAGCACCCCACUACGUACGCCUUCUUGUGCAUUGAAAUCUGUCUCGGUGUGCCUUUGCAGGGUGUUGCACUCUUCAUGCCGCAGAUCGUCGCGCGGUUGGGUUAUACCACCGUCAAAACCAACUUGUACACGGUUGCACCAAAUGUGACAGGAGCAGUAAUGCUGUUGGUGCUUGCCUUCUCCUCCGAUUGGGCCAAACUCCGAUCUCCAUUCAUUGUACUGGGUUUCCUGUUCACUUUCGCUGGGUUCAUGAUCUAUUUAUCCAUUGACGAUGUCCAGAACGAGAUCCAAGUCGCCUAUUUCGCAACUUUCAUGAUGACUUGGGGAACCUCCGCCCCGUCCGUACUGCUUAGCACCUGGUAUAAUAACAACAUCGCCCACGAGGGUCGCCGUGUACUAUUGACGAGUAUCGGCGUCCCAUUGGCUAACUUGAUGGGCUUGGUCAGCAGCAACUUGUUCCGGAAGCAAGAUGCACCCAAGUAUAUGCCCGCACUGAUCAGCGUUGCUGCAUUCGGUGCUACGGGCGCUUGUUUAGCGGCUGCAUUGGCACUAUACAUGUUUAUGGAUAACAAACGGCGCGACCGUCGUGAUGGAGUCACGAUCCGCGCACGGGAUAUUCCAACGGAGCGAAUGAGAGACGGCCCGGCAUCUGCUGAGUUCCGAUGGUUUUUGUAA